UCCCCACUCGAUAACGAACCGUCUGCCAUCGUAGACCAACGCCGUUUUAUUUUACAAAAGCAUAGAAGUAAGGUGAAGUUGCAUUAAAAAUGCCGUGUGGGAAAAACUUUAGGAGGAGAAAGGACUCGUCAGAUGUCGAGGAGGAUGAGACAACUGAAGAAGUCAGAUCAAAAGUAGAGGAGGCCAAAGAACUUCAGAGUUUGCGGAAACGACAGAGCGGAGUCAGUGUUACCGCCUUGUUGGUAGGAGAGAAACUGCCACCAGAGGCUGAAAUUGAUAAUGACCCUUUUAAGCUGAAAACUGGAGGGGUUGUAGACAUGAAGAAAGUCAAAGAUAGGAAUAGAGACAUGACAGAAGAUGAGACAGACCUCAACCUGGGAACCUCCUUUUCAGCUGAAACUAACAGAAGAGAUGAGGAUGCAGACAUGAUGAAAUACAUCGAGACAGAGCUGAAAAAGAAGAAGGGCCUCGUGGAAGCUGAGGAACAAAAAGUUAAGGUGAAGAAUGCAGAGGACCACCUGUAUGAGCUGCCCGAGAGCAUCCGAGUGAACUCUGCCAAGAAGACAGAGGAGAUGUUAUCCAAUCAGAUGCUGAGUGGGAUCCCGGAGGUUGAUCUUGGUAUUGAUGCAAAGAUAAAGAACAUUAUCUAUACAGAGGAGGCAAAAGCCAAGCUGUUGGCAGAACAGAGGAACAAGAAAAAAGACAACGGCACAUCAUUUGUGCCGACCAACAUCGCCGUCAACUAUGUCCAACACAACCGCUUCUAUCACGAGGAUGUUAACGCACCACAGAGGCACCACAGACACAGAGAAGAGCCCAAAGCAAGGCCGCUGCGUGUGGGCGACACUGAGAAACCAGGUCCAGAGGCAUCCUCACCACCUAACUACCGUAAACGUCCCAACAAUGAAAAGGCUACUGAUGACUACCAUUACGAGAAGUUCAAGAAGAUGAAUCGACGAUAUUGAGGAGCUGGGUGUUUUUUGACUCAAAAUGAUAUUCAUCUUUUUAGGGAGUGAAGCCUCCAGAUGAGCUAUGAGGAUAAUUUGCAGACUGGUUGACCCAAAUAACUGAGAGGACUCCCAUGACAGCGUUGUACUUUGUAAAUAUUGUACAUAUCUCCAAGUGGUUAUUGAUUAUUGAUAGUCAUUUGCUUUGUGUUAUGCAAAAACAAAUAAGAUGAGAAUUUGUUUAGGAACACAGGAAUAAUAUUGAUGUUUAACUGAGUGGUUGUCCUGUUUAAGGAGAGGAACUCUGAAAUAAAAGAGACAUGCAUUUUAUUCCACUUUUAAGUUGUGACUUUUAGUUGUAGAAUUCUGUCUUUAUUAAAAACAUAAAACAUU